UGUAAACCAGUUAGGAACGACCUCCAAGCACCACUCUGUACGGGAUGUAUGACUGCAACACUUUUGGAAUUAGAAGGUGUUGUACUGACACUUCUCACUGGUAGAUUUUUUUUAGUGUAACAGUGAAGGCUCCUUCCAAUAUUUUUUCAGUAAUUUGGCUACGGAUUUUUUUGUGCAUUCUGUCUUUUUUCACUAAAACGUGUCAAUACCACUACAUUUCUGCGCUUUAAUGCAUAUAUAUUGAUACAUUCAACACAACUUGGAAAUGGAUUGUAUCUUCGUUUUAAUAGUUUUUCAAUACUUACUUAUCGAUAGGAUAUACGCAGUGUCCAGCUAUGGAAUUCUCCUACCAUACAUGCCCAACGUGUGUGUGGAGCGGGAUGUGACGCUGGUUGCCCAAAGGCAGCCGUGUGUGCAGGCCUUCACGCGCAUGGUCAAGGUCUGGAAGCAAGGCUGCCUAGGACAGAACUGGUGCAUGGGAUACGAGAGAAGGACGGCAUACUACACAGCAUAUAAACAAAUCUACAGACAAGACUUCCAGACUGUGUAUAAGUGCUGUCCUGGAUGGUCUCAACUCAACGGAGAGGCUGGCUGCUUGUAUCCUGUGUGUAGCUACGGCGUGUGCUUCAACGGGGGCCAGUGUCGGGAGGGCUCCCGCUCCAGCUCCCAGCUUUGUGACUGUCCUGCUGGCUUCAAUGGGCCCAGUUGUCAGUAUGAUGUUAAUGAGUGUGAGGAGACUAACGGAGGCUGUGAGGCUCUAUGCUGCAACACCAUCGGCAGCUUCUACUGCAGUUGUCCCUCUGGUCAGCAGCUGAAGGACGACGGCAAGACCUGCCAAGAUAUUGAUGAGUGCCAGGUCUAUAACGGGGGCUGCCAGCACAGAUGCGUGAACACCAGGGGCUCCUAUCACUGUGAAUGCAACCCAGGCUCUCGACUCCAUGUGGAUGGACGCACCUGCAUCGCUGUCCAAUCAUGUGACAUCGGUAAUGGAGGAUGUGAGCAUUUCUGUGUACAGCAGUCCCCUACUGCCUUCCGCUGCCGCUGUAGAGCCAACUACGUGCUUGCUGACGAUGGAAAGCACUGCAAAUUGGGGAAUCCAUGUCAUGAUAAGAAUGGCGGCUGCCAGCAAGACUGUCUUGUUGAUGGUGACAAGACCAACUGUGACUGUAGAAAUGGGUACAAGCUGGCAGAGGACAGGAAGACCUGUGAGGAUAUUGAUGAGUGUGAGUCUGAACAGACGGGAUGUGCUCAUGGCUGCCACAACAUCCCGGGCUCCUUCGCCUGUGUGUGUGACACUGCCUACGAGCUGGGAGCAGACGGACGCCAGUGUUACCGGAUUGAGAUGGAGAUUGUCAACAGCUGUGAGAGCAACAACGGAGGCUGCUCCCAUCACUGCCAGCACUCCACUGGUGGCCCUGUCUGCAGCUGUAACCAGGGUUACCGACUGGAGGAUGACCUCAAGACCUGUGUCGACCUGGACGAGUGUGGAGAGGGAAGUUCAUGCUGCGAGCAGGACUGUACCAACUACCCUGGGGGCUAUGAGUGUUACUGCUCAGCGGGCUACCGCCUCAACUCAGAUGGAUGUAGCUGUGAUGAUGUGGAUGAGUGUCUGGCGGCCAACGGUGGCUGUGAUCACACAUGCCAGAACACCGCCCGCUCCUUCCAGUGUUUCUGCCGCCAGGGCUUCCGUCUGGGCGAGGACCGACGCUCCUGUGAACUGCUGGGGAACACAGUUGAGGCCCUGUCUAGUGGGGGCCAGGAUAUUGUGGGGACCCUGGCUCAGCCCCAGCUCGCCCUGCUGCAGGACUACAACCAGCCCCUAGAGCGCUAUGAUGACUAUGAGGAUGAUGAUGCUAGAGAGCUGCUGGCUGAGAGCACGUUAGCAGAGAAAUUUGUGUGUCUGAACAACACGUUUGGCCAUGACUGCAGCCUGACCUGUGAGGACUGCUCUAACGGAGGGCUGUGUGGCCCAGGGAGAGAUGGAUGUCACUGUCCCGAUGGAUGGACAGGCCUCAUCUGCAACCAGACUUGUUCCGAGGGAUCCUUUGGCAAGAACUGCUCAUUCCCCUGUAAGUGUAAGAACGGAGCCACCUGUGACCCUGUCAAUGGGAACUGUCGCUGCCCACCUGGGGUCAGUGGAGACAUGUGCCAGGAUGGCUGUCCUAAGGGCUUCUAUGGGAAACAGUGCAAUAAGAAGUGUAACUGUGCCAAUAACGGGUGCUGCCACCGCACCUACGGAGCCUGUCUGUGUGACCCUGGACUCUACGGGAGGUUCUGCCAUCUACUGUGUCCCAAGUGGGCCUUUGGACCGGGCUGUUCAGAGGAGUGUGAGUGUGUCCAGCAGAACACUCUGGAGUGUCACCGUCGCCACGGCACCUGUGUCUGCAAGCCCGGUUGGCAAGGCAACGCGUGCAGGGAAGAGUGUGACCCAGGCACGUUUGGCCCAGGCUGUGAGAACAAAUGUGAGUGCCCGCUUAGAGUGUCUUGUGAUCAUGUGACCGGGCAGUGUCAACGCCUGUGCCCGGCUGGUCGCCGUGGAGACAACUGUGAUCAAUACUGUCCAGAGGGGAGGUUUGGGCUAAGUUGCACUCAGGCCUGUGACUGCUCAGGGGCUCCAUGUGACAGAGUGAGUGGCCAGUGCCAGUGUCCUGCAGGAACAUCAGGAAAACGCUGUGAGAAUGUGUGUGUGAAGGGCUUCUGGGGUGCGGGAUGCCGUGAGGCCUGUCCAGCCUGUGAGAAUGGAGGAGUGUGUGACAAACACAACGGGACGUGUUCCUGCCCUCCUGGGUACAUGGGCAGGCUCUGUCAGAACUCAUGUCCGACGGGACGGUUUGGUGUUGGAUGCCAGCUGCGCUGCCUGUGUGAAAACAGCGGGCGCUGCCACCCAGUCACGGGCCGUUGCACCUGUGCCCCUGGCUGGGCUGGACACAACUGCAGGAAAGCCUGUGACGCCAGGCACUGGGGGGUGGACUGUGCUGAGAAAUGUGACUGUAAGGAUGGUGAUGGGAGCUGUGAUGCGGCAACGGGCCAGUGUAACUGUGAGGCCGGCUACACCGGGACACAAUGCUAUGACAAGUGUCCAGCGGGCUAUUUUGGGCUAGGCUGUCUGCAUCACUGUCAGUGUGACAACAAGGGGACAUGUGACCAUGUGAGCGGAGCCUGCACCUGUCUGGUGGGCUGGACUGGAACCUUCUGUGAGAAACCCUGUCCCCAGGGCUUCUAUGGGUUGGACUGCCAGGAGAAGUGUGUGUGUGUGAACGGAGGUCACUGCAGCCAUGUCACUGGGGUGUGUGUGUGUCCUGCAGGGUGGAUUGGUCCUACCUGCAACCUGACAUGCCAGGCUGGUUUCUAUGGGGAGAGCUGCAGCCAAACCUGCGGUUGCCAUAACAAUGGUAGCUGCCACCCGGCGAGCGGGCAGUGUGUGUGUACACCAGGCUGGACAGGGCCAAGCUGCUUACAGGAAUGCCCAGUAGGCUUCUAUGGAACAGACUGCUGCCAGCGUUGCCUGUGCCAGAAUGGAGCCACGUGUGACCGAAUCAGUGGGCAGUGUAUGUGUGCCAGCGGGUGGAUGGGCGCAGCCUGUGAGCUAGAGUGUGGAGCGGAGCAGUUUGGGGCCGACUGCCAGCAGCAGUGUCAGUGUGAGAACGGGGGACAGUGUGACAGACAGACGGGCAAGUGCACCUGUAGUCCUGGCUGGGUCGGAAAGCGCUGUGAAAAAGCCUGUGGGUCAGGCCUGUUUGGAGCUAGCUGUGAAGAGAGCUGUCAGUGUGAAAAUGAAGCCUCCUGUCACCACGUCACCGGGCACUGCCUGUGUCCACCGGGUUGGAGGGGACCCCUUUGUGACAAAGCCUGUCUUCCUGGUACCCAUGGCAAGGGCUGUGUGCAACGCUGCACCUGUCCCCAGGGUACUUCCUGUCACCAUGUCUCUGGGGAGUGUGGCUGUCCCCCUGGAUUCACUGGCAAUGGCUGUGAACAAACCUGUCUAUCAGGGACAUAUGGGCUCAACUGUAACCAGGUGUGCCAGUGUUCUGAGACCAACCAGCUCUGCCACCCAGUGACUGGGUUUUGUUACUGCGCCCCAGGCUUCCAGGGUCCAAAAUGUAACCAGGGGUGUGUGGAAGGUCGGUAUGGUCCCAACUGCGAACGAGAGUGUCGGUGUCAAAACGGGGGGAAGUGCAGCUCCACCACUGGCACCUGUGAAUGUACAGCAGGGUUCAUCGGAGCACACUGCAACAUCACAUGCCUAGCGGGACGUUAUGGGCAUGAUUGUGCCCGCGUGGUGCUGUGUGGAGAGGGGGCAGAGAAUGAUCCUGUCACUGGUAUAUGUCACUGCAGCUCUGGACAAAGAGGAGAGGACUGUGGACAAGGCUGUGCUCCUGGAUGGUUUGGAGGGGACUGUGCUCAGCACUGUAACUGCAGUAACGGAGGACUGUGUGACUCUGUCUCUGGAAGCUGUACCUGUGGUCUGGGCUGGACCGGGCCUCACUGUGAUACAGAAUGUCCUCCAGGGAUGUUUGGAGCUAACUGCCAGCUGAAGUGUGACUGCCGGAACAACGGAACCUGUGACAGAUUGACAGGAACCUGCCUGUGUAUCCCAGGAUACUACGGUCGUCAGUGUGAAAAUGCAUGCCCCCCUGGUCUCCAUGGCCCUCUGUGCCAGCUCCAGUGUGACUGUCUGAAUGGGGCGUCCUGCCACCCCUCCACAGGACUCUGUGUGUGUCCCCCUGGGUACCACAGCUCCCGCUGUCACAGAGAGUGUCACCAGGGCAGGUUUGGUGUGAACUGUGCCAAAUCAUGUGACUGUGUGGAGGGCACACCCUGUGACCCUGUGAGUGGCAGGUGUCUGUGCACCUCAGGGAAGACUGGACCCAGAUGUGACAUUGACUGCAAAGCAAACCGCUAUGGGCCAGACUGCACAGAGAGGUGUGAGUGUGACAACGGGGCUUAUUGUGACCAUCGGAACGGACGCUGCACCUGUCUCAACAGCUGGAUCGGACUCACCUGUCAGGAAGGUGGGCCUCCACGCCUCCCCUACAGAAGCAGGAGGGAGGAUAACUCACAUCUGGACAAUAACGCAUUAUAGCUCCCCCUUUUGGUUGAAGGCUCCAAUCCCCUCAACGAGACUGAGGCAGCAGCACAAGCUUCACUGAAGCCGAACUGAAGUGGAUUAAAAGUGUGGAUAUUAUUAUUUCAGACAUACACACCCCAACAGGAGAGGAUAUUGCUGCACCCACAGUAGCUGGAUGACAGACAUAGAGAAAUAGACUCUCAGGGGAAGUUUGCUCUGGGGUGGAUAAUGCUUUGGUGUGCGUGUGUAUCUGUGUUUUGAAGAGUGAAGAGCUUUUCAUUGUGUGUGUAGUAUAUAUGUAUGGUGCCCACUCAGGCAUGGCCUGACUCAUCAGUGAUGAGGUCCUGGAUGUUGUGACCUCCUUCUGGUAGUUAGAGGGAGGUCAGGUGUUACCAGGACUACCCUCCUCUGCACACUCCUAUCCUGGACAAAGAACCUACGGUAUAUAGGAGAUGUGUGUGGAGAUGGGCUAAAUGUCCAACACCACUUGAUUUCAGAGAUCCACUGACUCACUCUGCUGUUCUUAAGAUAUUUGUUUUGUAUACUUGGCAAUGUUAAAAUAUUUAAUGUUUAUUCUUUUUGUAAUUUCCCCCUGGAAUUUUGAUGGAAUUUGUGCAUAUACCAGAUACAGUGGCUUGUGAAAGUAUUCACCCCUUGGAUUUUUUUUUUGCCUAGUCCGUGAGUUUUGAUGGGCGGCACUCUCUUGGCAGGUUUGUUGUGGUGCUAUAUUCUUUCCAUUUUUUUUAAAAUGGAUUUGAUGGUGCUCC